AUGCACGUCACCCUCAUCGCAGUUGUCGCCGCGGCCACUCUGGCUCUUGCCAACCCAGCUCCGCCCAAGUGCGGCACCUGCAAUCCUGUGUCGGGUCAGAACAGCUGUGACGUUACCACUUCGUGCAUCAACACUGGGUCGACCUUCCACUGUGCCUGCCGUGCCGGGUACAAGGCUUCCCAGGCCGAUAAUAAUGUUCACUCGCAAUUCCGUCUGCCGAUGCCCAACUAUGAGUUCCUGGUCUUCGUGCCCGAGAACACGGUCUGCAAUACUCUUUGUGACAACCCCUAUGCUACGCCCUCGGAGCUUUGCAAUGAGGUCCACUUGUAUGAGAAGUGCGCUGUGUAG